AUGAGUAACUUCAAGGCCCCAAAGAACUGGGAGUUUAUCCUUGCAGUCUUUAUAAUUGCGUACUUCUUUCUUAUUCAGUUUUUUGAUCAAGAAUCGAUUGAUCUGGCGAAACUCAAAGAAUAUUUGACAGUAUUACCACACAAUAGAUAUAUAAAUCCAAGUUUGGAUUACUCCAAGUUUGCAUACGUCCAAUAUGCCACUAGUCUUGUAUUUUUAAACUUGGCAAUCUUGAACUUCAUAAACAUUAGAGAAUCCAGUUCAAAAGUAGGUAACUUGGUGAUUGUGCAUGCUGAUACCUUGGGAGAGAACGAAAAUGAUGGUUCUUGGGCGCAACUUGAAAAACUUAAAAAAUUGGCUAGUGAAUACGGAAUUAAAUUAAAGCCAGUACCUCUUAUCACUAACCCAGGAAGUAAAGACUCGGAUUGGCAAUUUUCGUUUACCAAAUUCCAUGUUUUCAAUCAACUAGAGUACAAGAGAAUAGUGUACUUUGAUGCGGAUUCUAUGCUUGUGAAUGUAGAGCUGAAUGAUGGCCAAUUAGUAAAUUUGGGGCCUUCGCAUUUCGACGAAUUGUUUUCAAUACACGAGGAUAUAGAUUUUGCGCUUCCUCAGGCCUACUGGUUACAUGAUACUGAGAAGAAAUACGGGAGUAAGAAGACACAAAGUCGCGGAGGUAACUCACUCCACCUAGCUAGCCAUAAAUUCGAUAAUAGGCUAAGAUUUUUUGCAAAUCAUGUUAUGGUGAUAAAGCCCGAUGCCAAAGUAUUUAGAGACCUUAUUGACUACAUCUACAAUCCACUUAGUUGGAAUUUUUUCAAGCGCGACAGCUUGUACAAGGCAUCUGAAUAUGAUAUGGAAGUCUUGAAUAAGUACUUUGAUGAUACCUUGAGAGGCCAAGUUAAGGGAAAACUGGGUUCCGAUUUGAAAAAGUUUGGAAUAAUAUCGCACAAGGUUUACGGAGUUUUAACUGGAGAGUUUAAAGAAAAGAAGCACUCCUCAUUUGUUGCGGAACCUCAAGAUUUACCUUUCGUUAGAAACGAUGAACUUCGCGAAGAGUGGGAUGCCAUUGAUGUCAUUACGAACGCUAGGCUUGUUCAUUUCUCUGACGCACCAAUUCCGAAGCCAUGGGAGUUUAAAUUGGACAAUGCUGAGUAUUACAACGCUGUGAGAAUCUAUUGCGAAAAAGAUCUCGAUAUAGCGAAAUUCAAUACAGAGUUCCCGAAUCAUAUGUACCAGCCUAGAUUAACGCUGGACUGUGAUAGUGUACUUGUUUGGGAAUGGUUACGGAAAGAGUUCGAGAGAAGAAGAGAGGGAAACUGGGAAGUGGAGAUGACAAGAAGAGCAAAGUAA